UGGUGGCUCCCAUUCGAAGGCGACGGCGGUCGUCUAUAUUUCGGUUCUAAUCUCACCAGAAAAGAGCAAAAUAACUGCGAGCAGACAGUGAAUUUGACACACUUUAGCCUUGAGACUUUUUUCAAAUUCUUCUCGGUCGAGCUUGUGACGGGGCUCUGGAAUGACGGGGUGUGCCGAGAAUUUGAAUUAGCUCGCCGUUAGUUUGAAGAAAGAGUGAGUCGGGGUAGAGAGAGAGGAGCCAUUUUGUCCCGACUGUGUGGGAGAAAAGAAAGAGUGGAAAAGAGGAAUCAUACGGGAGGAGAUCCUAUUUUUGCUUUCUGUUCUCAUGCUGUAGGGGGGAAAAACAGUCGGGCUUGGGAAAUAUAACUUGUCGGACACGUCUACGGGCACGUUAUUUUGGGUGGUAUUUAGCCAACUAGCUUGCCAGGCUAAUCAACAAAUCCCAGAUUGUUAACUGUUAACGGUCAGGAGAAGCAGGGCAGUUGGUCAGGUUGGCUAAGGAGCUGGCUUUAGACUUCACAUUGGCGUGCUAGGUUAUCAGUUUUUUUGUAUCCUGUCUGGGUGAACACAAGCUGUUUUUCAAUGGCGAAGAAGACGUACGACUUGCUGUUCAAGCUGCUUCUGAUCGGAGACUCGGGCGUGGGGAAGACCUGUGUGCUGUUCCGCUUCUCUGACGACGCCUUCAACACAACCUUCAUCUCCACCAUAGGAAUAGACUUCAAGAUCAAAACUGUUGAAUUACAAGGAAAGAAGAUCAAACUACAGAUCUGGGACACAGCAGGCCAGGAACGGUUCCACACCAUCACCACCUCCUACUACAGAGGCGCCAUGGGCAUCAUGCUGGUCUACGACAUCACUAAUGCCAAGAGCUUUGAAAACAUCAGCAAAUGGCUGCGCAACAUUGACGAGCAUGCAAAUGAGGACGUCGAGAGGAUGCUGCUAGGCAACAAGUGUGACAUGGAGGACAAGAGGGUCGUACCAAAAGCCAAGGGGGAGCAGAUUGCGAGGGAGCAUGGCAUUAGGUUUUUCGAGACGAGCGCUAAGGCCAACAUCAACAUCGAGAAGGCUUUCCUCACGUUAGCAGAAGACAUCCUGAGAAAGACGCCUGUAAAAGAGCCCAACAGUGAAAACGUCGACAUCAGCAGUGGAAGUGGAGUCACAGGAUGGAAGAGCAAGUGCUGCAGUUGAACAACUUCUCUGUUUCACUCACACUAACGCACACCGACACACAUACACACACUGACACACACACACACACACACACUCUCUCUCUCUCUCUCUCUCUAACUGCUAACUCUAACUCUCUCGCUCUCUAACCUGUCUCAUGAGUUUUCUUGCACACUGACACUCUCUGUCUGUCUCUAUCAGAAUAAAACAGUAAACCACUUCACUCGUCUAAUACCCCGCCCUCCCCCACCCCCACCCAAUCAUAUUCUUCCACUCUCCAUCUGAUGAUCAUUUUUAUUUCUGAUAAAAAGAGAAAUCCAGUCACGUUUCUUGUCAUUUGUUUUAAAAGUUGUAAAAAAAAAAAAAAAAAAAGUGAAAAGACAA